AUGAGACCGGUGAGAAGAGAGGAGUCGUGAGGGGAACGCUGUACAGUCUUGUAGAGUGUCGAGGGUGGAAGUUUGGAGUUGCUCUCCCGGCCCAGCGCGAAAAGCAUCGGUCGCGGGAAUCCCCGGAGCGAUGAUUGGCUGGCUAGCAGCCGUGACCACCGGCAACCUGGAACGCCCGAAGAGCCUCAAGCUUUCCGCCUUUGGAAGAACUGGAACAACACUUGGGAGCUUCACGUUCUCUCUUUCGCUGCCGUCAAUUAUCGUAUCGCGCUACACUUGCGUUUCAGGGCGCGAUACGCUGGCCACUCAGAAAAAAUCAGUCUGGUGGCCAUCGAACUCACCAGAAUUACCAGUCACCGAUUACAUCGGUUACGCACAUUGUCCCGAGACGGACCAAGAAAUGGCCUCUCCGAAUCCUCCUGCUCCCACAGCUGCGGGCAUCACCGUGGAUGCCGUCACUGGUGAACGUGUUAUACCCUCUUCUGUCCGUGCGGAUGGGACCAAGCGCCGCGAGAUUCGCAUCCGGCCCGGCUAUCGCCCUCCCGAAGAUGUCGAGCUGUACAAGAAUCGGUCCGCAGAAGCCUGGAAGAACAGAGGUAAAGCAGGUGUCCCUGGUGCGGAAGGAUUAGGUAGCAGCGACAAAGCUGCAGAAAAGAGCACUAGCGCUGUUAGCAACAAGAACGCAAAGAAGAGAGAGGCGAAGAAACGGGCAAAAGCAGCUACGGGCGAUGCAGUACCCAGCGACAACGCUGCAAAUGGAGACCAGUCGAAGCAGGAAGGCCAACAGCACAAGGCCGAAGAGGAGCCUCUGGACCCAGAGGCAGAGAAGGAAAAGAAAGCACGUGCUUUGAGGAAGAAGCUUCGUCAGGCUCGAGACCUGCGUGACAAGAAGGACAAGGGCGAAUCUCUGCUCCCAGAGCAGUUGGAGAAAGUGAUCAAGAUUCAGGAAUUGAUCCGCCAGUUGAAUGCGCUGGGAUUCGAUGCGGAUGGCGAGAAAAAGUUGGCAGCUGAAGGAAAGGAACAAGUUUGAGACUACUCAAGCACGAGUGGUUUUUCGAUA